GGUGACAGGAAACCAGUGUUUCAAGAGGGAACUUGAUCACAUCUCUAGAUAACGUAGGUACCCUAAACAAGUGUGCGAGUGCCCGCAGGCUUCACGCUGCUGCCAGGAGCACAUAGUUUUUGGAUUGGUAAGAACGGCCAGAUGACGCUUCGUGAAAUAUAAAUGGAAGAAAGACUCAGAGAGUGCAAUAAAAACCCUCCACCCUUCCGUCUAGGAGGACCAGGGAAAGAACUUCAGCAGCUGCAGGAUAUGGCUCUGGGGGUUCCGAUAGCAGUCUGCCUCCUGUUCAAAGCAAUGAAGGCAGCACUGAGCGAAGAAGCAGAGGCGAUCCCUCCCAGCACAGCACAGCAGAGCAACUGGACAUUUAACAACACAGAAGCUGACUAUAUAGAAGAACUCGUAGCUCUGAAGUUCUCCCAUCCUUGUCUGGAAGACCAUAAUAGUUACUGCAUUAAUGGAGCAUGUACAUUCCACCAUGAGCUGAAGAAAGACAUUUGCAGAUGCUUUACUGGUUAUACAGGAGAACGAUGUGAACAUUUGACCCUAACUUCAUAUGCUGUGGAUUCUUAUGAAAAAUACAUUGCAAUUGGGAUUGGCGUUGGAUUGUUAAUUAGUGUUUUUCUUGUUGUCUUCUAUUGCUACGUAAGAAAAAGGUGUCUAAAUCUGAAAUCACCCUACAUCAUCUGCUCUGGAGGGAGACCACUGUAAGACCUUAUAAGAGAUAGUCAUCAAGCCAUUUGUCAAAAGCAACAGGGACUCCAAUGGAGAGCUUUGGAUGAUAUAAAAUAUGAUAACUUGAAAAUAAAUGGCAGUUUAGGAUACAAUGCAGUAAUUGAGCAUUGGUCCUUACCUUUGGUCAUCAUUGGGUACCAUGGAAGCUAUGGGAAUGAGCUACAGUAACAGAAGCCAACAGAUCACUUCCUUUCUUUGGGUUUGCUGUUCGGUGGUUGUUGUCACUGCAGGAAGAUUUGUUCCAUACUUCUGAUCAUCUCGGAUGUGAAUUUUCAUUCUAAUUGUUUUUUACCACACAUCAAUCAAGUCAAAGUAAUGCUGCUCCUGAGUUCUUCAGGUACUCAACAUUUUGGGCCACCCAUCCUGAUGGACCUAAUCGCAAACUGUUUGUCCUUAUGGGAUUUCAGGGAACUUGGUAUCAAUUUUUAGACGAAAGGAAUGAACGGCUCAACUCCUCAAGUGAACCAAAGAUGCAUUAAUCCUAAACCACCAAAAGGAAUCAUACCCAGCUUGUGACAACAGUUUGCAAACGUCAUCUGUGUAGAUUGGAAUAAACAGGUGAAUUCCUGAGGACUGAAAGUCCAGAGCAGGCAAAGCAACUGUUCCUAUACGGAUUAUAAAGCCUGUGUGGGCUCGUCUGUCCCCUGAUGGUUUUGCUUAUCAUCUCAGCCUUUCAUUGGAAGACUCACACUUGGUAUCCAUCACUUGAACUGAAGUCCUACAAUUCACCUAAUGACUAAAUGCCUACAAUUGUUCCCAAAAUGGAAACUGAAAACUAGAUAUAAGAACAACAGUAUGUGGAAUGUGACCAUUUUGGACGGGUUGAUAGCAUAUUUGCACAUAGGUAGAAAAAGAGAUAGUCAUAGAAAUACUUAUUAGCGAGUCAGUAUCCCUCCUGGAAUUCUUUCUGCUACAUGAUCCAGUUUUGGGCAAGUCUCUUACUUUCUUUGUGCUUUGGUUCCAUUCUCUACAAGAUCCAGGCAGUUCUAAAACUGAACUAAAUAGAACUAAAACCCCCCUCUUAUACCUGCAUGGUAAGUGAGACUAUCCUCAAUACUUUCAUUCUCAGUCUCAUUUCUAACCCCCAAAUACCCCUGGAUAUUAUUCUUAGUAUAUAUUGUAAUAUUCAGUUUGUAAAAUAAUAAUUUAUUUUGAAAUGAAAUACAAAAUGAAAUUACAAAG